GGGUUAGAGUUGUAGUGCGGAGCUGUGGCCGACUCUUUAACUGUCAUGGGUAUAUCUCAGGACAGAAAUAACCCCCGACCUCAGGUUUCGGAUGCUUCAUGAGGCGAUCACUUGAUUCAUAGCUAUGUUAAAUAUAUACAUUCAUUGCCCUCAUGCUUAUCCGCCCGUCGGUCUCCCCGCCCAGCUCUCGGUCUUAUCUGACAACAGAAACAAGACUGAAGACACGCCGAUACCUGGCUUCCCCUGACUGGCCGUCCCCCACCAAACAGCGUUCGUGCGUUCAUGUGGGAUGCCCUGGGACAUGGUCUAGCCAUUCUCGUUGGUCUGUAGAAUGGAAUCCAACACGGCAACAAGGUAUCGGUGCCUCGCUAUCUGACAAGAGCACUGCGACCUUCACUGGGGCAACUCGAGGCCAGUAUUACUCGUGGGAGCAACCAGUUGUACCUCGCUCUGCUGUGCCAGAUCUACUUGCAUGCUUCGGCGCAUUGUAUGCAGCAGCAGCAGGAAGCGGUGCAGAGCUCUCUUUCGCCGUCACACAGGGACUCGCCCACUGCUGUCCGCAGCGCUUCCCUCGUGUCUUUGGCCGGGGCGAAGGACGUUUUGAUCGCGUGCUAGGCUUGGAGACUUGUUGUCGAGACUUGUCUCGUUCAUUCGGACUCGGCGACCGGUUGCGUUUCGCUGUGCCGUCACGCAGCGGGGAAUAGUGGGUGGGAUGGCGCGGCUUAUCAGCCGAAGAGGACG